UGCAAAACGGGGCAGUUUUUCCGUGAUCCCUAUUUGGCUGGCCAGCUGCUGCCAACUGGUGCACCUGCAAAAACCGCCCCGCUUUUUUCUGCCCAGCCAAAAAAUAGAGACCGCCAAAACUUUGGAAGGCUAGUUUUUUUUCUGCCGCCGCCUGCAAAACGCUGUUCAACGACAUAGCUUGCCGCCGCAUUCGCAGCUAUCGAUACCAUAUAGGCGGAAUAGACCAUAAGUCGUAUAGAUAUUUUGUUGCGACCGACUAAAAAAAGCGUGUUUGAAUCGCCAUCACAUCACAAACACCCAGAAGCCAUGCCUUCUACACACAAGAAAGAGAAGCCGUGGGAUACGGACGACAUUGACAAGUGGAAGGUCGAAGAGUUCAAGCCUGAGCACAAUGCCGGUGGCACCUUUACAGAAGAGUCCUCGUUUGCUACCCUCUUCCCCAAGUACCGUGAAGUGUACCUCAAGGAAGCCUGGCCCCUCGUGACCAAGGCUCUCGAGAAGCACGGCAUUGCAUGCACGCUCGAUCUCGUCGAGGGUUCCAUGACAGUCAAGACGACCCGAAAGACAUUUGACCCCGCGGCCAUUCUCAACGCCCGCGAUCUCAUCAAGCUGCUCGCCAGAAGCGUGCCCGCACCACAGGCCGUCAAGAUCUUGCAGGAUGGCGUGGCGUGCGACGUCGUCAAGAUCCGCAACCUUGUCGGCAGCAAGGAGCGCUUCGUGAAGCGCCGCCAGCGUAUCCUCGGCCCCAACGGCUCAACUCUCAAGGCACUGGAACUCCUCACCGAAACAUACAUCCUCGUCCACGGUAAUACCGUGUCUGUCAUGGGCCCGUACAAGGGCCUCAAGGAGGUCCGCCGCAUCAUCGAGGACUGCAUGGCCAACAUCCACCCCAUCUACCACGUCAAGGAGCUCAUGAUUAAGCGCGAGCUGGCCAAGGACCCUGCACUCGCCAACGAGAGCUGGGACCGCUUCCUGCCCAACUUCAAGAAGAAGACGCUCAGCCAGCGCCGCACCCCGCACAACGUCACCGACAAGACGAAGAAGGUCUACACGCCGUUCCCGCCCGCCCCCGAGAAGAGCAAGGUCGACAAGCAGAUCGAGACUGGCGAGUACUUUAUGCGCAAGCAGGCCAAAGAGCGCGCUGUCCAGGCCGAGCGCAUGGAGAAGCAAAAGGUCCGCAAGGAGGAGAAGGCAAAGGAGCGCGAGGCCGAGUUUGUGCCCCCGGAAGAGGGCGACCGUCCCAAGAAGAAGCGCAAGAAGGUAGCCAAGGACGACGAAUAAAACCAAACAGACGCUACACGAGUUGUAUCACUUUGUAUACAGUUUUCUAUUUUUCGGAGUUUUUCGGGUCAUUCAUACGGCGCAUAUAGUAGCAAUUCAUCAUGUCAAGAAAAGAAAA